CUUGAAGCAGCGGCUCCGUGUGGUACUGGAUUCUCCAGCCCUUUGCUCCACACGCACGGCACGCCCCUUUCUUUCUGCGAAGACCAAACCGGGCGGGAUUAACCCGCGCCUGUUCCGUGAGGGGAGAGCCGUGUGGGCGGGGAGGGAAGAGGCCGCAGGGCUUCGAAGGCGGGGCCGGGCGGAGCGGCCUGGGCGGCGCCUCACGCAGCCUCCUCAAGAUGGCCGCCUCUCCUGACCGACCUGCGGAGGCGGCGGCGGGAGGAAGGCGCCGCUGAGGGGAAGGCAGGCUGACAGGCGGCGGCCCCCGUCUCCCUUCGCGGGCUGCGGCUUCAACGCCAUGCGGCGGGGCUAGAGCCUGAGGCUUCCACCGCGAGUUAAUAAUGUUAGCAGAGACCAGUCUUUCCAUAUGGGGAUGGGGAAGCCUUUGUGUUGUGCUUUUUCUAAUAACGUUUGGACCAUUUGCUAUAUUUUACUUCACAUUUUAUAUCCUCUGCUUUGUGGGUGGGGGUUUUGUGGUAACACUCUUAUUUGGAAAAACAAAUUCAGAGAAGUACCUCGAACUGUGUGAACACUCCUUUCUUCCUCCUACAUCAUUUGGAAUUACUAAGUGCAUAGAAGAAAUGAAACAGGAAAGCAAGCCUAUUAAGAUUGAUAGGAGGCUAACUGGUGCCUAUAUAAUCGAUGAACCUCUUCAGCAAGUUAUCCAGUUUUCUCUGCGUGACUAUGUCCAGUAUUGGUAUUAUACACUAAGUGAUGAUGAAUCUUUUCUUCUUGAAAUCAGGCAAGCUCUGCAAAAUGCACUAAUUCAGUUUUCUUCUAGAUCAAAAGAAAUAGAUUGGCAGCCAUAUUUUACUACCCGACUUGUAGAUGACUUUGCCACUCACCUUAGAGUUUUCAGGAAAGCUCAGCAAAGGAUAACUGAAAAAGAAGAACAGGAUAAAGAUGGAGCAGAAGAUCUUGUAGAUACAUUUUUUGAAGUUGAAGUUGAAAUGGAAGAGAAAAUAUGUCGUGAUCUAGUCUGCACAUCUCCCAAAGAUGAAGAAGGAUUCCUAAGGGAUCUGUGUGAAGUUUUACUGUAUUUAUUGCUACCUCCUGGAGACUUCCAGAACAAGAUCAUGAGAUAUUUUGUCAGGGAAAUCCUUUCUCAAGGAAUUCUUCUUCCAUUAAUAAAUCAGCUCAGUGAUCCUGAUUAUAUUAAUCAGUAUUUCAUAUGGAUGAUUCGUGAUUCAAUUUGCAACUAUGAGGCCUUUAUGAACAUUGUUAAAGUAAGUGACAAAAUAGGGGAGUUGGAAGCAGUAAGAGAUAAAGCCGCAGAAGAAUUGCAGUAUCUUCGAUCCUUGGAUACAGCUGGAGAUGAUAUCAACACUAUUAAAAAUCAAAUAAAUAGCUUAUUAUUUGUGAAGAAAGUAUGUGAUUCAAGAAUACUGAGGCUGCAGUCAGGAAAAGAAAUAGAUGCUGUGAAACUGGCUGCAAACUUUGGAAAACUUUGCACAGUCCCUCUGGACAUCAUUCUAGUAAAUAAUGUUGCACUACAAUUUUUUAUGGAUUACAUGCAGCAGAUGGGAGGCCAAGCACACCUUUUUUUCUGGAUGACAGUAGAAGGAUACAGGGUUACAGCGCAGAAGCAGCUGGAAGUGUUGUUCAGUCUUCAGAAAGAUGGAAUGCAUCAGACAGCACAAACCAAAGGCCUUUUAAGAACAGCUGCAGUUGGAAUUUAUGAUCAGUAUUUGUCAGAGAAGGCAUCUCCGAGAGUUAAUAUUGAUGACAAUUUAGUAGCAAAGCUGGCAGAAAAACUGAAUAAUGAAGAUCCAACACCUGAAAUCUUCGAUGAAAUUCAGAGAAAGGUAUAUGACCUGAUGCUGCGGGAUGAAAGAUUCUAUCCAUCAUUCAAACAACAUGCACUUUAUGUGCGAAUGCUUGCUGAACUAGAUAUGCUAAAGGAUCCUAGUUUCAGGGGAUCAGAUGAUGGUGAGGGGGAAUCAUUUAAUGGUUCUCCUACAGGAAGCAUUAACUUGUCAUUGGACGACCUUACAAAUGUGCCUGCUGAUGAGUCCAUACAACUGCACGCAUAUAUUUCAGAUACUGUCUAUGCUGAUUAUGACCCAUAUACUGUGGCAGGAGUUUGUAAUGACCAUGGAAAGACAUAUGCGCUAUAUGCUAUUACUGUUCGCCGUCGAACUCCAAAUGGUGAUGAAGUAUGGAAGACCUAUCGUCGCUACAGUGACUUCCAUGACUUCCACAUGAGGAUCACUGAACAAUUUGAAAAUUUAGCAAAUUUAUUGAAGCUGCCUGGUAAAAAAACAUUCAAUAACAUGGAUAGAGAUUUUUUAGAAAAAAGAAAGAAGGAUUUAAAUGCAUACUUGCAGCUUUUGCUAGCUCCUGAGGUGAUGAAAGCUUAUCCUGCUUUAGCACACUAUGCGUAUGACUUCUUAGAAAAUAAAGCGUACAGUAAAGGAAAGGGAGAUUUUGCUCGGAAGAUGGACACAUUUGUAAACCCACUGCGUAACUCUAUGAGAAAUGUUUCAAAUGCUGUCAAGUCCUUCCCCGACAGCUUGACAGAGGGAAUGACUAAAAUGUCAGACAACAUGGGCAAAAUAUCAGAAAGAUUGGGACAAGACAUAAAGCAAUCAUUUUUCAAGGAGCCUCCUUUAAUGCAGAAGACAUACGUUGAUCCUAAACACUGCCGUGUUGCAGCACACCUUGAUGAUAAUGUGGAUGACAAUGUUCCUCUCAAAAUAAUGCUGCUACUCAUGGAUGAAAUCUUUGAUUUAAAGGAGAGAAAUCAGUGGUUACGACGGAAUAUCAAAAACUUGCUCCAGCAGCUGAUCAGAGCAAUGCAUGGAUAUACGAUAAAUAAAAAAAUAGUUGAUCACGUUGAUUGGAUGACAUCUCCAGAACAGGUAGCAGAUGCGGUUAAACGGUUCAGAGAUGCCUUUUGGCCAAAUGGUAUUUUGGCAGAAACUGUUCCCCGCAGAGACAAUGCAAUACGAAUGCGAACACGAAUAGCUGGAAAAACAAAAUUACUGGGGAUAAUGCCAGAUGAGCUGAAGCAUAUCCUAGGUGCUGAGACAACAAGAAAAGGCAUUCUCCGAGUCUUUGAAAUGUUUCAACAUACUCAACUAAAUAAGCGCCUGAUAUAUGUCUUUCUGGAGGGCUUCUUGGAAACCUUAUUUCCAGUGUAUGGAUUUCCUGAUCUCUUCAAAAAACUGCAUUCACAUUCAAAACAAAUGCAGCGAUACAUGCAUAGACUACAAUCUACGCAAGCGCCUUUUUUACAGAAAAGGUGACACUCCAAACUUAUUCAUUGGUGUCUGUUUGCCCAGAACCUGGGCAGAUUCUCUGGGGCUUAUAACUCUCAUGCUGUUAUUUCUGCACCAGUCUUUUAGUGUCACAUAAUAAGAUUAUUAAUGCAUCCAUAGAAGAUGUGGUCCUUCUCAUCCUUCAUCUCUAAUGCAACCACUACCAUGAACAGGGUUCAUGUGUCUUAAAUGAUUUGGUGCAUCUUCAUGCAACAUUGAGAAGAAAACUAGCGCGCUCUGAAAAGAAUGUCUGUUUCUUCCACUCCUGAUGGGAUUUAUGAAUGCCAGCAAUGAAAACGUGCUAGACCUUGUCCACUGAGACAUAAGUAAAGCACAACUAUGGUGAUAGCAAUGGAGGAUUUGGCUGCUGUGCUUGGAACUGGGAGAUUGUGCAAUGUGAGAAUCAGGUGCGAUUUGAUUUGCAUUAUGACUGUCAAGGCUUGUAGAUCUCAAUCAGCGGGUCUGAAAAGCUUGAGCUAGCAUGAAGAAACAUUUUGUGGGAUAAAUAGCUCUGAGAACUGUUGUAAUUUCCCCCAAACUAUAUUUUCUAACUAAACAUUGAGGUAAUAUGGAUUUUGCACAUGGCAUCAUCUACCUGAAUUUUCUUUUUUUUUAAAGCUGAACUAAAUAAAUUAUCUUGGUUGAGUUUAUUUUUCACUGAGCGAGGGCAGAAGUACAGGAAAUUAAACAUGGUUUUGAAUCAGCUUGUUUAGCAGUAUUGGUUUAAUCUACACUUAUAAUCUUUGUUGUCUUCCUAUAACCUUUAAAUGAAAAGAUUAAUAAUAGCACUUAGCAAAGAGAAGGAACAGUGUUUAAAAUAUGAGGUUGCCACAUUUAUUUAUUAGGAACCUGGAGAGUGGGAGGAUGAGGGAAAGCAGCAUUUUAAAAUAAAACACUGUUGACAUUAAGAACAUUUUUUUUAAAAAAGGAUUGUAUUAUAUGCCAUUAAAAGUCCCCCUAAGACAUACUUAAGUAUAUUCAUCUCAAGCGGUAAAUAGCUAAAACAACUUGGUUUCUUGCUGAGAUGAAAGUCUUACAGACUUCGGUGAACAGUCAUAAUAUGCAAACAGUUGUGAAUUCCUGAAUGCACCAUAGUGUAUAUAUGAAAAUAAGAGACACAAUUGCAAUAUUUUUUUAAAUAAUAAUCUUUUUAUUUUUUACAUAAUGUAAAAUUUUAAUAAACCUCUUCAACACAGAAAGCCCCCCCCCCUUCCCGUCUACCCUCUUUACUUCCAAACGUGUCCAGUUGAGAAUGAAAUAAUAAUUGACCACACUUGCUUAGCCUUAAUUUAUCUUGGACUCACCAUCUCCCUUUCUGAGUUUCCUUACUCCCAUCACCAAGUGAUUAUUUAAAAAGAGAGAGAGAAAGAAAAAUUCAGAAAAUAUCUAAGAUAGAGUACACUUUUAACAUAUUUUUUCCUCAAAAGAGUUCUGAUUUUAAUUGGCAAGGUUUGGUUGUAAAUGCAGUUCCUAAAGGUCUUGCAGCUGAGGUCCUCCACUUUAGUAACUUAUAUUCAGGAGAAAUAAAUUCAAACCUAGGAAGAUCCAAGAGGGGAGUAGCCAAGAAGAGCAUCAGUUUAAGGUAGGCUUCGUCAACCUGCAGUCCUCCAGAUGUUUGGGCAACCAACUCUCAGAAGCCUUAGCCUGUUUGUUCAGUGGUCAAGAAUUGAAGUCCAAAACACCUGGAGGGCCGCAGGUUGAAGAGGUCUGGUUUAAGACAUGCUGUCUAUAGACACACACCUUGCUGCUCUUAACAUCUCACUUGGUUAACUUUCUUGCUGCAUGGUCUGCUCAGUACAAGCAUCCCCUUUUCAGCAACUUUAUUUUUCAAUGUUUCACUGUUUUGACAGAUAUAUGUUAUAGUCACUUACUGCAAUUUUGCCCCCAGUUUGCUUUUUUGACCACCUUGUCAUGCUUUUCUUUCAGUUUACUCAGCAUUAUUAUUAUUAUUAUUAUUAUUAUUAUUAUUAUUAUUAUUAUUAUUAUUAUUAUUAUUUUCCUCUGUUGCCUUAGCACCUCCUAGUAUUCAGUCUUGCAUUGGCAAGCUAAAACCCCCCCGACUGGAUUCUGCUUUUUAACUAUUUCACUUCAUUACAGCACCCUGAUCCCUAACUCUUCAAAUAAGCAGGGGAUGCCUGUUCUGAGUGUGCUCUAACUUAAUUAUUUACAUUUUCAUUACGGUAAGCAUUUGCUUCAAAGGCUACUUGUUUCAAGUAGAGAAGUAAUUCUGUUUACCAUUAUAUUUUCAGAUGACAGAUAUGAAGAAUCAAUUCCUUCCUGUUCUCCAUAUUUUUAAAUAUUGUAACAGUUAACAUAAAUGUUCUCAAAAUUUACCUUGAUUUGAUUGUCAGUCUAUGCCCUGAUGAUUACUGAAAUGAUACCAAGAGCUGACCUGUACCAUUUUGAAUUGCAAGUGGGGUCUUUAAUUAAAAGAUACAUACAAAAGUUUUUUAAAAUCCUUGCACUAAAAAACAAGGCAUGUCAGGAGAAACGUUUAUGGCUGACCUUUUCUUCAGUAUGCCAGUUUUACAUGAAGGAGUAUUCAAUUCCAAGUGCCCCCACUUGCAGUUUGAAGUCUAGACAGAUUUAGAAUUCUGUAAAAAGUAGGCAUAUAUCAUUGUUGGCCCAAUCCAGUAAUUAAACACCAAAAUCUACAUACUUUGGAUACAGAAAAUGUUUUAGUCCUAAAUACAUAUUGUAAUAAAGUCUUCUUAAGCAACUUGAAUUGAUAUAUAUAUAUAUAUAUAUAUAUAUAUAGAGAGAGAGAGAGAGAGAGAGAGAGAGAGAGAGAGAGAGAGAGAGAGAGAGAGAGAGAGAGAGAGAGAGAGAGGUUGGUUCAGUUUUUACUACCAGGAUGAUCAGUGGUCAAUCAAACAAAUAUAGUUUCUCCUAUCUUUGAGCAUCUACAUUAAUUGUUAGGAUUCUGCUCAGCUGUUGGAUUUUUGAUUCUCUAUUCCUAAAGUCUUGGUUGAAUGAAACUCGGCAAUUUCUUUCAAUGUAUCUCAAUUGCACACAGGGUUUUUGUCAUCUGUAUUUAAUUCCAGAACAUGCCUACAGACAGGAACCAUGAACUGUAUGUCUCUUCUUGAUCAGUUGUGCAUAGUUCACAUGUUGUUCAUUCACAUUUUAUCAUUUGUAGCCCCUGUAUCAUUUCUAUGGGUGGGGAUUCACUUACAGAAAGAUGGCAUCUCUCAUGAAACCAGAGCCAUUGUAGCCAGUGGUGAGAAAUGAUGGGAGUUGUAGUCUAACAUCUGGAAGGCUGUACUCUGUCCAUCCUGGUUACCAUCUUUCAAAGUGCCCCUGCCCCAAAUUGAUUGUGUAAACACAGCACACAUCGAGCUGGGGAUGUCCUGGCCUGUGAAUGCUGUGACCAACCUCUGAAAAUAAAUGUGCCAUCGUCCACCAAAAUGCACUUAGCCUUAAUUCCAAGAGAAUGAACAGUAAGGUGGAAUAUUUCAUAUGGUUCAUCCUCGAGCUUCUGCCUCUGGUGUUUGCUAUAACUAAACAGUUAAUUUUAAUUGCUACCAGAAUGUGUAACAAUUUUUAAAAGUAAAAUAUGAAUUCUACAAUCUCAGUUUUAAUUUUAGUGCAAUAUUUUCAUGUAACGCAUGUGUAUUUGAAUAACUAAAAGGAGGAGGAAGACCUUUUUAAGCUAUUGAGAUGAAAGAUGUAACCUGUCUUAACCAACAAUAUAUAUUCUGUUAUUGCUGCUGUGUUGGAUUAUCUAAGGACUUGUUUUAAAAGUCUGGUUUGUCACUCCCUGUAAACCCUACUUCUCUGUGCUCACAUGAGCAUGGUUCUUACAUUACAAGGAGCAAAAUCUAAAGAGCACAUCUUAAUAUAGUUGUGAAGUAAAUGACUUAUGCAUAUCAUUGUACAGUAUGUGUCAACUGUGUGCCUAAUGGUCCUUUCAAUAUUUCCCCCCUUUUCUUUAACAAAGAAUGAAAACCAAUUUGGAAUGCCAUGGUCUCUUUCUCUCUUUUGGAUCAGCUAAAAACUCUAGGUUUUUAUUUGGAGUUUGCUUUAUGUUGUUGAACAGAAAAGCUCAGAAAAAAAUACACUAAUAAAGUAUUAACGAGAAUA